AGUGUAGAAAAGGGGAAAGCAUCGGUCGUCCAACAGUCUCUUCGAAACUUCAAAUGAGAAUGCAUUUUGUCAUCUGAUAACAUAUUAUCCCGGUUUCUUCCUUAUCCAUGGCUAGGUCGUGGCUUAUUGAUAGUCGGGGGCUCGCGAAGAAGGUGAUCAAUGCUAGUCUUCCUGCUGCUUGUCAGAUCAAAGAUUGUGGGGCAAAUACCCGAUGCCCCAGCUGCGACCAUCUAAUGGACAACAGCGAUAUUUCAUAUGAAUGGCCUGGCCUUCCUGCUGGUGUAAAAUUUGAUCCAUCCGAUGUGGAGCUGCUAGAUCAUUUGGCUGCAAAACGAGGUGUGGGGAAAUCGGAGCCCCACUUAUUCAUAGAUGAAUUCAUCCCCACUUUGGAUGAUGAAGGGGGGAUAUGUUGUACUCAUCCAGAAAAUCUUCCUGGAGUCAAAAGAGAUGGAAGCAGUGUCCAUUUCUUCUAUAAAAUAAUCAAUGCUUAUGCUAGUGGUAGAAGGAAGCGCCGCAGAGUUGGGGAUCAAGAAAGGACAAUAAACUCAUGCGUGCGUUGGCACAAGACCGGAAAAACCAAAGCAGUGAUGCAGAAUGGAAUCCAGAGAGGUUUUAAGAAAAUCAUGGUUCUUUAUGAAACGUCAAAGAGGGGAUGCAAGCCCGAGAAAUGCAAUUGGGUUAUGCAUCAGUACCAUCUUGGGAGUGAUGAAGACGAGAAAGAGGGAGAGUAUGUGGUCUCAAAAAUCUUUCAUCAGCAAGAGAAGGAGACUGACAAGAAUGAAAAUCCUACUUUGCUGAAGGAAGAAGCUAAUGUGAAGGCUGUUCCCGUAAUCCCAAUGACUCCUAAGACAACUACUCCUGACCCUCCUCGUCUGGACCAAACUCCCUACUCUGAUUGCCUCUCAAAUGAUUAUUUCCUUAAGUCACUACUCCUUCAGGAAACGGAGCAUCUCAAGGAACCAUAUCAAGCUUCUUAUGGUUCUCGGUUGGAAGAUGUUGAGUUCAGCUCUUGCUUGGGUGGAAACAUUAAAGCUGUUGAUGCAACUCUUCUGGAGCCCUUAUUCUGCAACGAAAUAAUAGAAUCCUAUGAUGCAUUUGGUGAAUUGGAACCACAAAACCCUUGCUCAACCCAAGUAAAUUGUGACAUAAACGCUGUGAACGACAGAGAUGCCAAUGGUUGCAGUGGAAUUGGCGAGCUUGACAACAUAGAGCUCGAUACUCCACCAGAUUUCAAUUCACAGGAGUUAGAGUUUCCCUCUCAAGACAGCGUAUUCGAUAUGCUGGACCUACUGUAUUAGGACGCGAACCGUCCCAUUUUUGACGACUACAGACUUCUUGUGAUGCCCUCUUAACUCAUAAGAGCAGGAAGAUUUCAACUAAUCAAAAAAUAGCAAAAACAGAAGAAAAACUUGAGCCUGAUGAGACCUAGCUUCGAGGCUUGUUACCAUCGAUUGCAUUGAGUUUACCAGAGCUGAUUGCUGGAGGUUCAACAACAUAGUAAAAUAUUGGUUAUUAAACUAUGUGUGGACCCACUUUCAUUUUGUCGAGUUUGUUGAACUUCCAUAGCUAUCAGCUGAUCUUAGUUAUCAAACUAUGUAUGUAAUCAUGUUAAAAACAAUAUUGUUUGUUUGCAGUCCUCUGUAAGAUUGAUGCAUUAUAUGUAUCAAACUUUUGUCUCUGCAUUUGUAAUACUAUCAUUGACAUUGUUUUUGUACUAUUUGUUGGUUUGUUAUGGAUGGCUAUGAUCUUGUCUC